CGACCUCAUGAAUCUUGGCCAAAUGAGCAGCAUGAUCCUGGGUUCCCACUGAUGAAGAAUCUGCAGUAGGCAAAGUUCCUCAAACACCAUCGACAGAAAACCCCCGAACAACACUUUGUGGCUUCCUAAGUAGUGGUAGAGGCUCACGGGCUGGGGCUCCAGGGGAGUUGGAGCUGGGGACACAGCAGGAUUUGUUACUCUGAUAGGAAUCAGGGUGGCCACAGCCAUGGCUCAGAUCAAGUGUCCAGGGCCCGAGGCCUGGGGUGUCUCUCAGCUCUGGCCCCUGUCUCCUCGGGAACUAGCAUAACUCAGGUGCCUUGGCUUGCAGGCCAACGCGCCAGGGAGAACAAUGGCAAGAGCGCUGACUGCGUAUCACUGCUGCUGGGUGAGGUGAGAACACAGAGGUGAAAUCCACAGAGGGAUGGUGGGCUCCCAAGAGACCCCGCUUGCUGGAGGGUGCUCCUGUCAGUGUGGGUAACUGUUCCUGGCAGGAGAGAUGGACGGGACCAACGACAGCAGCCUUGGGGACUUCAUCCUGGUGGGCUUCUCCCACCACCCCCUUCUGGAGAGGGUCCUGUUUGCGGUCAUCCUGAUUGCCUAUGUGCUGACCCUGGUGGGCAACAGCGCCAUCAUCCUGGUGUCCCGGCUGGACCCGCACCUGCACACCCCCAUGUACUUCUUCCUCACCCACCUGUCCUUCCUGGACCUGAGCUUCACCAGCAGUUCCAUCCCCCAGCUGCUCUACAACCUGAGUGGGCAGGACAAGACCAUCAGCUACGCGGGCUGCUCCAUGCAGCUCUUCCUGUUCCUGGCGCUGGGGGGCGUGGAAUGCCUGCUCCUGGCCGUCAUGGCCUACGACCGCUUCGUGGCCAUCUGCAGGCCCCUGCACUACUUGGCGAUGAUGAGUCCCAAGCUCUGCCUGGGGCUGGUGUCCACGGCCUGGGGCUGUGGGGUGGCCAACUCCCUGGCCAUGUCUCCAGUGACCCUGAGCCUGCCACGCUGCGGGCACCGGCAUGUGGACCACUACCUGUGUGAGAUGCCAGCCCUCAUCCGCAUGGCCUGUGUGGACACGGCAGCCGUGGAAGGCAGCGUCUUUGUCCUGGCGGUGGGCAUCGUGCUGUGCCCCCUGGCGUUCAUCCUGGUCUCCUAUGGCUACAUCCUGAGGGCAGUGUUAAGGAUGAACUCCUCCUCGGGAAGGCACAAAGUCUUCAACACCUGCGGCUCGCACCUGACAGUGGUGUCGCUGUUCUACGGGAACAUCGUCUACAUGUACAUGCAGCCGGGCCGUGGCAGCUCCCAGGAGCAGGGCAAGGUGCUCACCCUCUUCUACAACAUCGUCACGCCCCUGCUCAACCCCCUCAUCUACACCCUCAGGAACAAGGAGGUGAAGGGGGCGCUGAGCAGGCUGGUUUUGGCAAAACUAAGCUUCAGGAAGAAGUUGUAAUAAGAGCCACAGAGAUGAAGUGCUGUGUACAGAACAUGGGAGCUUUCAUUCUUUUACCGUGAUUUCCAUCAACAGCAUCUGUGCGACUUUGGCAGAGUUCAACAGAGACAUGUGGCCACUCUCAGCUUUCUUCUGCAUGAAUCACUCUGGGCCAUGUGAAUUCUGACAUUCAAAGCCAGCACCCCUGGGUGUGAGCUCUAGGGCCCGUGCUGGUCUAAGGGGGGGGGUUCCCCAUAACCCCCAGGGCUGGGUGGGCUCUCAUCAGUGUGCAAAGGAGAGAGAGGAAUGUGGAAGUGGGGGUUCUCACCUGCACUUCCAGAGAUGCUAAACCAUCACUUGAGAAGUGAAAAUUCCACUUCCAUUGCCCAGUGUUUUCAAUAUUUAAUUUGUAAUUACUUGAAAGGUAGAGUUAGAGAGAGAGGAGCGAGUGUAGACUGUGCAGUAACAGGUCUCGUUCCAGAUCAGAGACCAUUUUGAUGAGAUUCAGCAUAAAGGCAGCAGUGUCACUGAAAUCUGUGGGGGACUGCCACACUCAUGUCCCAUUCCAGAGCGCCUGGGUCUGAGAUCAGCUUCGUUCGGGACUCCAGCUUCCUGCCCGGGCACAGCCUGGGACACAGCCUGUGUGAGUGAGGGCGCAGCAUGCCUGGGACUGAGUCCCACCUCCACGUUCAUUCCAGCUUCCUGCUGAGGCAACCAGAAGGCAGCAGCUGAUGCUCCCAACAGCCGUGUCGGAGACCCCACACAUCCUGGGUGUCCUGGCUUCAGCCUGGCCCAGCCCUAGCUGGAUCAGGCAUCAGGGAGUGAACCAGUGGCUGGGGGAUCUGCGUGUCUGUCUGUUUCUCUCUCUGCCUCUGU